AGGGCAGAUCUUAUUCCCAAUCGGCCUCUUUCUCUCUCGCUCUCACUUACGUACACAAACACACUCUCUCACUUACAUCGUCGGUGCGUGGUGGUAAAUCGAGGGCUAGCCGUAUCCCGACCUUCAUGUUUUAAAUAUAUAUCAACCCCACCCCCCACCACCCGAAGAAAAAGAGAAGGAAUAGUCGUUCUCUUUCUCCCCCCUUGUCAUGCGGCCACUCGCUUCUGCAAUGACAACACUGAGAAAAUCGUUACUGGCGGCUCUCAAGUCGUUCCUCCGGGGCAAGUCCUUCCUCCAGGUGUUAUUCGCAUUCUGGAUAAGCCCCCGAAAGUUAAAAGAACAAGAUACCAAUGGCAGGCCAAUCAAGGUUUCUAGGACCAUUGCCGAGUUCCUCAAGGAAGCAGAGAAGCUGCUGUUAAGUCCCAUUGAGGGGGACCGAUUGAGGACGUUCUCAUCAGAUCUCAAGGCCCAGUUCCGUGAGCGGUUACAGACACAUCCCGAAUGUAUGUUACCGUCUUUCAACCACCUCCUGCCUACAGGUAAGGAGGUCGGCCAAUAUCUAGCCCUCGAUGUUGGGGGAUCGACGUUACGCGUUGCGUUAGUCGCGUUGAGGGGAAGGGAAACCCGUGGGCGAGAAUGUGAGAUUGUGCGGAUGAUCAGCUUUAAGAUCACACCCGAGAUCAAGAGGCUCGAGGGCAUGGCAUUCUUUGACUGGAUGGCGAUGCGGAUACACGAGGUGAUUCAUAAGGACGAAAUAGCAAAGACCCAGGACCCGAUACCUAUGGGAUUAGCAUGGAGUUUCCCCGUUGAGCAAAUAUCAUUAGGUGGUGGCCUAUUAAUGGGCAUGGGCAAGGGUUUCCUUGCUACCAGUGGCCUAUUAGGCCAAGAUCUGGGAGGAAUCAUCCAAUCUGCCUGCCUAAAGCAUGGUCUGAACGUUCAACUCGCCUCCAUCAUCAACGAUGGCAGCGCGACCCUUCUAUCACAGGCUUACACUCAUGCUGAAACACGGUUCGGCCUGAUCCUAGGCACAGGCACUAACAUAGCCGUGCACCUCCCCGUAUCAGCAAUCGGCCGGUUGAAAUACGGCAGGCGCCCCAAGAGCUGGUUCGACUCGGCUAGCCAUGUCAUCGUCAACACGGAAUUGGGCAUGUUCGGUCACGAUAUCCUCCCCGAGACGCGGUGGGACACGCUCCUGAACGCCUCGCAUCCCCGCCCGGAAUUCCAACCACUCGAGCACUACCUUAGCGGGUACUACUUGGGCGAGAUCUGCCGGCUCGCGAUCGUCGAAGCUGUCGAGACAACAGGCUUGCUCGGCGGCGAGUUACCGCCGUCGCUCACUGAGCCUUACUCCCUCGACACCGAGAUUCUCUCGCGAAUGGAAGCCGACACCUCAUCCACGCUCGAGAAAGCCCUUCUGGCAUUCACAUCCGCACACCCCUGUCCUAUACCCGCCACCCCAGCCGACAUAGGCGCCAUCCGGACGCUCGCGUCAUUCAUCUCGCGGCGGUCGGCGGCGCUCCUCGGGGCAGCGGUGUUCUCGCUCUGGGAGCUGCGGUACGAGACGGCCGCGGAGCAAGCCUGUGAAGAGGAGAAGCCCGUAGCAUCAGCGACGACAGCAGAAGAAGAUCUCGCGACGCCGCCGCACACCAAGGUCGCCUUCAACGGCUCCGUCAUCGAGCACUACCCAGGCUAUCUGGGCAGAUGCCAGGCCCACAUCACGGGGCUCGUCGCGGGCGCCGGAAACCCCGUGUUGGCCGCCGGCUCGAUCGAUCUCGUGCCCGCGGUCGAGAGCUCGAUUAUUGGCGCUGCUGUCGCGCUGGGUUGCGCGCUUGCUGAGGGUCAGACAUCGUGAAAGUUUUUAUCAGCCUAUCAUAUAGGAGGGAAUGACCUGGGCGCGGGGGGGUCUUGCAUAUACCUUACCUACCUACUUACUUACUUACCUGCACCAUACCGUUGCUGAGUUUUUGUGCAAAGAAAA